AUGUCAGCCUGCAAACAACAGUCGAAGGUCACCUUCAAGAUCACAUUGACGUCCGAUCCCAAGCUGCCAUUCAAAGUACUGAGUGUGCCAGAGGUCGCGCCGUUCACUGCAGUGCUCAAGUUUGCUGCCGAAGAGUUCCGAGUGCCGCCGGCCACCAGCGCCAUCAUCACAAACGAUGGUAUUGGCAUCAACCCGGCACAGAGCGCAGGCAACGUUUUCCUCAAGCAUGGCAGCGAGCUUCGAUUGAUUCCUCGUGAUCGUGUCGGCAGCGCGUAG